AUGGAUAUUAGUUUCCAGCGGGAUCAGCAGUCUACAAUUUAUGACGAUGAUGAUGAAAAUAUGGCAACGAAGGAUAAGGGAGACAAGGAAGAAGCUGGGAAAAGCGGUGAGGGUGAAGAGGAAGCUGAGAAAAGCGAGGGUAAGGGUAAUAAAGACAAGGAAAACAGUGAGGCUGAUGAGGAAAACGGUAGUGAGCAAGAGCGAGUGUUGAACCGAAUGAAGGAUGAUGAACUGUGGAGGAGUUUGAUGGAGGAUCGAGAAGAGGUUGGAGGAAAAGUGAUGGAGGAUCGAGAAGAGGUUGGAGGAAAAGUGAUGGAGGAUCAAGAAGAGGCUGAAACCAGUGAGGAAGUAAUUGAGAACAGUUAA